AUGUCUGAGCUGACAGUAGGAGAUGAGAGCGACGGUGAUUUGCCCAUGAGGGAUGAAUCAGAUGGCCCGAUCAUUGCAGAUGGUACGCAUGAAAAGGAAAGUCAGGAGGCUCGGCCUAAAGCGCCAAUAGAUCCUGUCGCGUCGAACCUCAUCAACCCUCUGUCUACUGGACAGUCAGAGUACACAACAGCGCCAAAUGGAAGGCUGUUCUACCUGGGCACAUCAUCCAACUGGUCUUUUACCCGACGAGUCCUCAACAUCACACACCAAUACGUCCACAAGACCCCAUUGCCGACCAACGCUCUUCUCUUUGAUGGCACGACGUACGUCCUCGAUUGGGAUGGCUACAGAGCAAGCGAAGUCCCCGAGAUGCCAGCUCUUCCCACACAAGACUAUGCCAUCUAUCUGGUCAACGCCGUCAAGUUCCACUGCGGCCAAAUGUUCCACCUUUUUGACGAAGAAACGUUUAUGAAGUCCUUGUACAGCUUUUAUUCUGACCCUAAUCCCAGACCCGAUCCUACUGAUCCGUGGUUCAUUCAUUUCUUGCUCAUUCUUUCUUUCGGAAAAGCCUUCACCACCAAGACCAACAGGGGGAACAGACCUCCUGGCCAUGACUUCUUUGUCAAAGCUAUGCAACUGCUCCCAGACUUUAAUGUUUUACUGAAGAACCAUGUUCUGUCAACAGAGAUCAUGUGUUGCAUUGCUCUAUAUACGCAAUGCAUCGACUUCAGGCACUGUUCAUACAACUAUCGACUAGGAGAGGCAUAUGUCGAAAGAUGCCGAAGGUUAUGGUGGACUGUACACAUCCUUGACCGGGAGAUCACAUCGUUGUUUGGCAUGCCGCCUUCAAUACAUGACGACUAUGUGCUCUGUCAACUACCAACCUACUCUGGUUCAGUUCAAAGGACAGCCGCGUUACGAAUGCGUAUCAGACUGUCGAAGGUCAUUGGGAGCAUUAACAGGAAGGUCUACGGUCUCGACGGAAGACUCAACAACAAGUUCAUGCUUGGCACCAAAGAAGUGCUUGCCAGCGUGGCUGAGAUUGCUGAUGAGCUCCAACAAUCGUUUGCGCUGCCUCUGGAAAGGGACACCAGCUGCAUUUCGAGAACAUCCGCCCAUUUGCAUUUAUUGCACCAUCAGUGCAUUGUUCUUGCAACCAGACCGCUGCUUUUCUGUUUUCUGAAAAUUCGUUUUGAAUCACAGAGUAAAUGCACAGAGCUAUUGGGGUCUUCGCAGACGGUCAGAAAUUUGAUUCAGAUGUGUAUCGAUUCUUCUCAACAAAUGGUUUCGAUCCUAGACUGUUUGCAAUCUCAGGGGUUGCUGGAAACAUUUCUUCCAUUCGACUUGGAAGCCAGUUUCGUGUCUGCUAGCAGUCUACUACUAGGACCCGCAAUCGACCCACAAUGCUUUGAGUGCCUCGACCCGUCUCUGGAGAAAGUCUACUCCGUUCUGGACGAGAUGAUCAUGGCCGGGAACGGGAUCGCCAAGUACCGCAAAUCUGAACUACAGCAGCUUGAGAACAUGCUACAGCGACUUACGCCUUGGCCUUCACAGGCCUCUGAGCAGACGACUCUAGUAGACGAGGGGCGCCAAACGCAGCCCCCGGAUGACACGAGUCCCCAAGACACGGUGGUCUCGGCCAUGGCCUCGGAACACUCACAGCACGAGAGCUACUCUUCUUCUAUCCCGGGGAACAUGGAUGAGAUGGCUUAUGAUAGCGGGCUGACUAUGGCGCAAUUACUGGAUAUGGCCAACUCUAUUGAACAGGAAGAUUCAGAGUGGAUGUCUCAGACGAUAGUGGAACAUAGCAUUUGGUAG